AGGCGGCGGCGCAGCAGCAGCUACAUCCAGCCGGUGGGCUCCUCUUCCAAGGCAUGGCUGGCUACCUUAGUGAAUCGGACUUUGUGAUGGUGGAAGAGGGCUUCAGCACCCAAGACCUGCUGGAGGAGCUCACUCUGGGGGCCUCACAGGCCACCACGGGCAAGGUCUCUGCCUUCUUCGUGGCUGACCUGGGUGCAGUAGCGAGAAAGCACUUCUGCUUUCUGAAGUGCCUGCCGCGAGUCCAGCCUUUUUAUGCUGUCAAGUGCAACAGCAGCCCGGGCGUGCUGAAGGUUCUGGCCGAGCUGGGGGUGGGAUUCAGCUGUGCCAACAAGGCAGAGAUGGAGUUGGUCCAGCAUAUUGGUGUCCCUGCGAGUAAGAUCAUCUACGCCAACCCCUGUAAGCAAAUUGCACAGAUCAAGUAUGCUGCCAAACACGGGGUCCGGCUGCUGAGCUUUGACAAUGAGCUGGAGCUGGCAAAGGUGGUGAAGAGCCACCCCAGUGCCAAGAUGGUUCUGUGCAUUGCCUCCGAUGACUCCUACUCCUUGAGCUGCUUGAGCCUGAAGUUCGGAGCGUCAUUGAAAUCCUGCCGACACCUGCUUGAAAAUGCCAAGAAGAGCCAAGUGGAGGUGGUGGGUGUGAGUUUUCAUGUUGGCAGUGGCUGUCCUGACCCUCAGUCCUACGCUCAAUCCAUCGCAGAUGCCCGGCUUGUGUUUGAAAUGGGCACUGAGCUGGGCCACAGGAUGCACAUCCUGGACCUUGGUGGUGGCUUCCCUGGCAUGGAGGGGACCCAAGUGAGACUCGAAGAGAUUGCUUCUGUGAUCAACUCAGCCUUGGAUCUGUACUUCCCAGAGGGCUGUGGUGUAGACAUCCUUGCCGAGCUGGGGCGCUACUACGUGACCUCGGCCUUCACUGUGGCAGUCAGCAUAAUCGCCAAGAAGGAGGUUCUUUUGGAUCAGCCUGGCAGGGAGGAGGAAAAUGGUUCUUCCCACAAGACAAUCGUGUACCACCUUGAUGAGGGCGUGUAUGGGAUCUUCAGCUCAGUCCUGUUCGACAACAUCUGCCCUACCCCCAUCCUGCAGAAGAAACCAUCCAUGGAGCAGCCCCUGUACAGCAGCAGCCUGUGGGGCCCAGUGGUUGAUGGCUGUGACUGCGUGGCUGAGGGCCUGUGGCUGCCGCAACUACAAGUAGGGGACUGGCUGGGCUUUGACAACAUGGGCGCCUACACCGUGGGCACGGGUUCCCUCCUCAGGGGGACCCACACUUGCUGCAUCACCUACACCAUGUCCCAGGUGGCCUGGGAAGCACUGCGAGGGCAGCUAAUGUCUGCAGAACAGGAUGAGGACGCCGAGGGUGUGUGCAAGCCUCUGUCCUGCGGCUGGGAGAUAACAGACACAUUGUGUGUGGGCCCUGUCUUCACCCCGGCGAGCAUCAUGUGAGCGAGCCCUGUCCCCUCCAGAGAACCCCAAUGGGGAUGCAGAGAUGCCUCUGGGAGAGGUGGAAAAGACGGCAAGCAGGGGCACCACUGGCCAGGACUCUGAUGCUUGCUCUACCAUCCCCAUGCUCCACCUGUAGUGUUUUUGCCCUGUGAAUAGGACCAGUCUUACACUCGCUGUAGUUCAAGUAUGCAACAUAAAUCCUGUUCCUUCCAGCUGUGUUUGCCUCCUCUGCAGGGGACCUGGCCAGCCAGGUGUGGGAGUGUUGUUGGGGUCUCCCUCAGUCUCCUUCCCACCUUUGUAAAUAUGAAGCAAAUAAAUAUUUAGGUUUUUUAAUACUCCA